AAUUAAAAGGAUAUAUUCGCAUACUUGAAGCUAAUUUAGCUGAAGAUAAUAAUCAAGAUAGUAAGAAAGAUUCUCAACAAUUAACUAAAAUAAUGUUAACAAAUGAUGAAUGGAAUUUGCUUCGUAAUCUUAUUCCAGUCUUAGGUCCUUUUGAAGAAAUAACUAGAUAUCUUAGUGGUAGUAACUAUGCUACUUACAGUAUAAUGAGUCCUUUAUUAACUAUAAUUCUUAAGAUGCUAAAACCUGCUUCAUUAACAAAUGAAACAAAUGAAAUAAAUAUUGAAAAAAUUGAAGAUAUUUUUAUAGAUGAGAUUCAAGAAUUAUUAAAAAAUAAAUAUUAUGAUAUGAAAAAUAAUUCAAAAGUAAACUCAACUACAGCUUCAACAUCUACAACAUCAACACAAAACCUAUCAAAUAUAUGUUCUUUUCCUAAUUCUACAUUAACUAUGCUUUACAAACCCAUACUUUUCAAUAUAUUUAAUAAUCUACCAACUGUCAAUUCACAAAGCGAACUUGAUGAAUAUUUUGACCAUUAUUA